CUGGAUAUCAUAAAACUGAAUAUCACAGCAAGCAACUCUCACGGGAAAAUGUAAAUAAAUUAACAACAAUACAGACGUUAUACAAAUGUAACAAUGGUGGUUGGUAACAAUAUAGUAGUACCUGUGGUGCUGUGGGGUAAAAAUGCCCCUACUCACUGUAUAUCAGCAAUAUAUAUGACACCAGAUAUGAAGAAUAUUGUUACAGCUUGUAAUGAUGCACAACUUUGUGUUUGGGACAUGUCACCAAAUUGGGAGGUAUAUCCACGUCACAUGUUGUUUGGUCACACUGCUGCGAUAUCAUGUCUGGCACCAGCCUCGGCACAGCAUGGAAACACAAGGGUUGUCAGUGCUUCAGAAAAUGGAGAGAUGUGUCUAUGGGAUAUUGCUGAUGGUAGAUGUAUAGAAACCAUAAAAAUGUCAUAUGCUCACAGCAAUAUGCAGGCAUAUCAUUUCAAGAACACAUCAGAUGUUCGACUUGUAUGUAACGGUUAUUAUCCAGAGAUUGUUAUAGUGGAUCCAUUGACGUUUGAGAUCGUUCUAACAUUAAGUUCACGAGUGUCUCCAGACUGGAUCAGUGCUUGUUGUGUUAUCAGACCAGCUAAAAGAGAAGAUGAUGUAAUAGUUGCCAUCUCUAAUUCUGGAGCAGUGAAGGUGUGGGUACUAAGUGGACAAGAGAAUAGGUCUAAACCAGUCAAUGAGGAUGAGUCAAAACAAAUCCGAUGUUUGAAUGCUCAGACAUUGACAUGUUGUCCCUACAAUCAACGUACAGUUCUCAUUGUCUGCUCUAAGUAUUGGCAGAUAUACGAUGCAGGAGACUUUACAUUAUUGUGCUCCGAGUCGAAUCGUUGUGGUGAAAGGUGGGCAGGCGGUGAUUUCCUCAGUGUGGACAAAGUCGUUGUCUGGAGUAACGAAGGAAAAGGAUAUCUUUAUAAACUUCCUACAAACCUGCUGAAAGGGAGAGUACUCCAAAGUGCUAACUCAGAGAGUGAGGCUUACCAUCUCAAAGCACCAUCUUCACCACAUGCUUACUAUGUCCUUGAUUUCUACUCUGAAAAGACCCUCGCUUGUUCACCUGCAGUAAUUCUACAUUCAGCAUUAAGGGGAGAUAAUCAGUCACCUAAAUUGUUGGUGCGCGGGGACUCUGAAGGUCAGGUGGUAAUAUGGAAACUACCAGAAGUAUCGGAGCGACAGAUGACUUUGGUUCGACAGGAAAGCUUUGAUCGACUACCAGUUUUAUUACCAAAAUGUUCUGCAACAUUACAAGAUAUAUGGGACAAGCUUAACCAGUCUCCAAAUGGAAUCUUAGAUGGCUUUAAAGAGGUUGAGGAUAGAGCUAUGAUAACUUCUACUGUAUACAUUCCAUCACAAGGCAAGCUAGCAUGCGGCCGAUCUAACGGGACCAUUAUUAUUCUACCAGCAACAAUGUGUAUAAUGUUACAACUGCUAGACAACAGAUUGAUGAGUCAUGAAAAAAUACGGUUAUUGACCUUGGAAGGACAUGAUGGUAGAGUGAACUGUCUGUUGUACCCAUUUAAUGAGAGUACGAGGUACGAGCCCAAGCACCUGUUGUCCGGGGGUGCUGAUUUCUCUGUCAUUCUAUGGGAUAUAAAUGAGGGAGUGAAACUGCAUACAUUUACUGUGCAUGGUGGAGAAAUCUCACAGUUGAUGGUACCACCAAAUAACUGUAAUGUGAGAAUUUUGACAUCAAUAUGUUCAGUGGCAUCAGAUCAUUCUGUAACACUGCUCAGUUUAAAGGAGAGAAAAUGUAUAUUACUGGCAUCUCGUCACUUGUUUCCUGUACAAAGUAUCAGGUGGCGCCCCCUAGAUGACUUCAUGGUGGUCAGUUGUUCUGAUGGUACAGUUUAUGUCUGGCAAAUGGAAACAGGUCAUCUGGACAGAGUAGUUCAUGGUUUCACUGCUGAGGAAAUCUUAAACAAUUGUGAUGAAAAUGCCAUGCCAGUAUUUGACCAAGCUACAAAUCCAAACUUGACUCUUGCCCAGGCUUUUAAGAGGCGUAACCUAGCAACAUUUAAAAAUUUAGCACAACAGAAAUUACAAGCUUUGAGUCAGAACCAGCAGACAGCCGGAGCCAAGAUUGACCUGUCCCAGCCUCAGGAUUAUCCCAUGUAUAUAGAGGGUAUACGAACAAACACCGUGGACCCUGAUGGUCAUGUUGUCUUCUUCGAUACAGAGGCUCUGAUUGUACAAUUGUUAACCAAUGAGUUUGCCACAAUGUCACCUGGAGAAUUAGAAGCGAAAGGGUUGUCAACGCUGCUGUCAGAUAGACGUCAAGCGUCACAUGAUGGUUCAGAUUCCCCUCCUACUAUUGCAGGAAUCUUUGCCAAGGUGAAGGAUACGGCAGACACUUUAGGCCAGAAGCUGCAAGCUGGAGCAGACGCCCAUGGAUUUCAACCAAUAAACCCAAAUAUUCCCAGCCCCAGUCCAUCGAGAAAACAGUCUUUAUCUGGUUCCCCACUCGGUUCUCCUGGACCCAGUCAGCGGAAAAAGAGACCAGAGCCUCUUAACCUCAAAGCUACUAAUUUAACAAUGGAAAUAGCUCAGUUAUUUAUGUCAAUGUUACAUGCAUGGGGACUCGAUCCAGAUUUGGACAAACUGUGUUUAAAUAAACUAGGUUUGUUAAAGCCUAAGUCGCCAAUUUCAUUUGGACUGAUAUCACGUGAAGGGCAUAUGUCUCUGAUGUUACCUGGUUGGCAUAAAGGUGUGUGUUCAAAAAGUGAUUCAACAGUUACCAUGGGAACAACCAAUCAAAGGGCAACACUGAGACAGCAGAGAAGGUCAGAGAUGACACCAGGUAGUGAGUUAGACCUGAUGAGUUUUUCUAGUCAAGGAGAAGAGGGAUCAUCACAACAAGUUGACAUUCAGGCCGAGAUAGAGAAGGAGAUAUGUAUGUUUACAAAGAAGGCAAGAUGGCAGAUUUCCAGUGCUGUUACCACCCAGCAUCUACUCAGUGUCAUCUCUGUAGCCAAUACAUUGAUGAGUAUGAAUCAUGCUACCUUUAAGUCACCUAAACCUGUACAAAGACAAAGAAGUAGAAAAUCAUUCCAAGGUGUGCACGGUAUUCUAGUGAGUGAGGGGGACAACAGUUCUGCUGGUAGUGAUGAUGAUACAGGAGAUGCUGCUAUACUACAACAGGCCCAGUUUAAACAAGGUUGGAGUCUGUUAGCAGCACAUCAUUGUGUAUUGCUGCCUGAACUCGUGGAUUCUGGCCAGUAUUUCUCCCCACAGCUUGAAAUGCUGGCACGAAGAUGGCAAGAUAGAUGCUUAGAGAUAAGAGAAGCGGCACAGGCACUGCUGUUAGCAGAAUUACGUAGAAUAGGUCCCGAUGGCAGAAAAUCUGUCGUAGAUGAUUGGUCACCAUUCCUUCCCACGUACGUGGACCCCCAGCUGAGUAUUUUAAGUACAGAUAGUCAUUCUAGUCAUGGUGAGGACGAAGAUGAAGACGAUACUGAACAAUAUUUAGGAGGAGAUUCACCAUUACACAAACCAUCAAGGUCAUUUGAAAGUCGUAGGAAGCAGGCCACAGCCAUUGUCAUGUUAGCAGUUCUAGGAGCAGAGUUUGGUCAUGAAGUUUUACCUACUAGACGUGGACUAGAUGAUGGCAAGCCAAAAAAGAAAGGAUUAGAGGGUUUCACACUGUCAAAUUAUUCUUUGGCUCAUCAUACAAGCAAGGCUUUAACAUUCUUGUUGCAACACCCACCAUCUAAGAAGCUACCAGCCCACACACCAAUUAGGAGGGCAGCGAUUGAUUUGAUUGGUCGAGGAUUUCCUGUGUGGGAGCCAUACUUAGAUGUCUCGGCAAUUUUACUUGGUCUCCUGGAAUUGUGUAUAGGGUCUGAAAGACUUGUUCCCAGUGUAACAUUUGGAUUACCUUUGAGUCCUGCAGCAGACGCCUGUAGAACUGCCAGACAUGCUCUGUCUCUUAUUGCAACAGCUCGGCCUGCGACCUUUAUAAUAACCAUGGCAAGGGAGGUCACUAGACAUAACCAUGCCUUGACACAAAACACCCAGUCACAGCUUCAUUCCAAUCCACAUAACUCUGUAUUAGUGAAAUCAAAACCUGAGAUAAUCAGAGUUGUAGAACUUCUUGUUGAUAAGAUGCCGUCAGAUGUUGCUGACCAGAUUGUGGAGGCUAUGGAGAUUAUUAUUCACUGUUUAGAUGUUAGUCAGCUGAAAGCAAAAGGGUUACAAGAAUUAUUUCCAGCAAUUUGCAGAUUCAGUAUGGUAACAUGCUGUACACAGACUAAGCGGAUAUGGGUAGGAGCCAAAAAUGGAACAUUGGCAUUUUACGAGCUGAAACAGAAUUCCAAAUGUCAAGUUAUACAAGCACACGCUGGGCCAGUUAUUGCGGCCUCUGUGUCUCCCGAUGGGAAAUUCCUCGCUACAUUCUCACACCAGGACCAAAAAUUGAAGUUCUGGCAGACAGCAUCAUCGUCAUUGUUUGGAAUUGGUUCCCAGCAUACAAAAUGUGUACGUCAGAUAGCUACACAACCAAUCACUGUGAGCCCACAUACCAAUCUAUUGAAGCUUGUUAGGCUGGUGUGGACAGAUGUACGUGUCCUUAUUCUCUUGACAGUCGAUGGUACAGAACAUAAAUAUUAUGUGUAAUUUCUGAAGUUAACUACACAAGAGCAUACAUAUGCGUAAUUUCUGAAGAUAACUACACAAUAGUUUACAUAUGUGUAAUUUAAGAAGUUAACUACACAAGAGCAUUGAUUUACAUAUAAUUAGUUCUAAUCAAAUACACAGAACAAAGUAGUAGUUUGUGUCAACUUUUAAGAUAAGUGUGUUAAAAUAUUGUGCAAUCACUAUGACAACAGCAUAAAUUUGAAGUGUUCAUAUAGCCAGCAGUUUAUAAAAUAUGUGUAUGCAGGAGGUAAUUUGAAAUAAAAAAGAAACUCUUUAUUAAAAUAAUGAAAAAUCUAGUCAUUCACAAAGGCACAUGUCAACCAAAAGGAACAUAAUUAUAUGAAUACCUGUGUCAAGUUAACACUUCUGCAGUUUUACAACAGAACAGCAUAUAAGUGGUAUAAUUUUUUUAUUUUUUUUUUAGUCCCCUACCGGUUUAACCGGAGGGGACUUUAGGUUUACCCUCCGUCCGUCUGUCCGUCCGUCCACAAAACUGGAUCCCGCGAUAACGCAAAAAGUACUGAAAAUAUUUUUAUGAAACUCGAUAUAUGGAUAGAUGGCAGUAUGGAGAUUAUGCACGUCUUUUUUUUUUCUUCCUAUGUUGAAAAUUCUGGUUGCUAUGGCAACAAAUAGUCUGAAAAUAUGGCAAAUUUAACACAUAAACUGGAUCCAGUGAUAACUCAAAAAGUACUGAAAAUAUUUUUAUGAAACUUGAAAUAUUGGUAGAUGGCAGUCUGGAGAUUAUGCACAUCUUUUUCUUUUCUUCCUAUGUUGAAAAUUCUGGUUGCUAUGGCAACAAAUAUCCUGAAUUUCAAGAUUUCUGAUUUAAAUUUUUCAGCUUUUUCACUAUAUGUUCUUUAUUUCUUAAGGUGUUUACUUCAAACUUUAAAUAUAAGUUUCUGCUCAUCAACCACAUCAUAUUUGACAAGGUUUAUAACUCUAGCACAAAAAAUAUCAGUAUUACCUCCCUUGAACUUAGAUUUUUUAGGGGAAAAAAUGUUGUCUUUUUUAAAUAACUUCUUUAUUUCCUAAUGUAUCUACUUCAAACUUCAUAUAUAUGUUUCUUAUUAUCACUCGACAUUUUUGAGAAGGUUAAAUAUUCUAGCAAGACUAUUUCCAGAAUUAUGUCCCCCUUGAACUUUUUCGAGAAACUGGUAUUUUCACUUCAACUUCUUCAUUCCUUAUAGGAUUUACUUUAAAAUCCCACAUCGUAAUAAUAUGACAAGGUUGUAUAAACAUAAUUUCCUUACUAAGCAUGGAAACUUAACACAUUACUGUGAUAUAGACAAACUUAUUUUAUUAUGUUUUGUGGUUGAUAUUUUCAAAUACAGACUUCAUCCUCAAAUUCAUUAUAAAUGGCAAUACACAGGAGUGUAUGACAAUUAAAGAACUUUUUGAGGGACCGGUAGGGGACUACUGUAUUGCCCGCAAUACUAUCAAAUGCUUGUUCAUCCUU